AAUUUGAUAACAUUGAUUUACUUUAGUUGUGAAGGGCAUAAAGUUUCAAUUGAAAAGCGAGGGAGGGAGAGUCUACAGUGUGAUUAUGUGAAUCGACACAAUUGUUCAAUCUCUCGCGGUUUCGAUCCGAUUACGAUAAAUGUGCAGUUCCCAGCAUUCCGAAGAAGACGACCCAAUCGAUCCGCCGCAUUCACAUCGCCAACCCAUGGAGGAAGAACCCCAAAACCCUCAAAUCCCAGAAAGCCCCCGCAAUCAAGAACCGCAGCAAGUGAUUCCGGGGGAGGAAAAACCUAAUCUUCAUCACCAAGAAGAUCCAAAAUCCAGUUUUGAGGAAAACCCGGAUCAUCAAUCCUCAGGUAAGGCCCUCGCUUUACCCAUUCCCGUGGAUGUUCCACACAGCGGUGGAGACAUGUCUGAUGCCCCUUUGAUCUCUCAGCCUAACCCCCAUAAGCGCCUUCCUAAGCGUAAGAAGGGUAAAUGUAAUGCCAGGAAAAAACGAGCUAUAGACAGGAGAUUAAAUUCCCUUAUGGGCAAAUUGCACCCCGUUCCCUUUAUCCCCUCCAAGAUUCUUGAUUUUUAUAGUCACCAGAAGCUGCUCAAGGGGCUUGGAUUAUGGGAGUUUGUUAAUAUAGGGUUUAAUGCGGAUGUUCGGGUUGAUUUGAUCGCGCAGUUGGUUGCAACCUAUGAUCCAAAAUUGAGGCGAAGCUGUGUGAAUGGGGAGAAGAUUGCUGUGAGUAGGGCUGAUUUAGCUCGGGCCCUCAGUCUGCCAGUGAAGAAGGAGAAGGGUGAUGUUGUUAACUUGGAUGUUGAAGAAUUUUCUGAGGAGAGUAUUGGGUUUCUUGAGGAUUUUGUGUCAAUUUGGGUGCUUUUGCAUGAUGAUAUUUGGAUGAUGCCAAAUGAGGUGUUGCAUUGGAUCAGGGUGAUCAAGGAUGGGAGUCCAGAGAAGGUGGAUUGGGCCGGGUUAGUAUGGUUCAUGGUGGAGAAGGAGUUGACACAGGGGGAGCAGUUGGAAGACUGUUAUUAUGCAGUGCAUUUGCAGUAUUUGAUUAGAUCACAGCGCGAGGAGGUGUUCUUUAGUAAGGAGUUGGAAAAGGCGGAGUUAGGUAUAGAUGUGGAGGAAGUGGAGUUGGAGAAGGCGGAGUUUGGUAUAGAUGUCAAGGAAGCGGAGUUGGGUAUAGAUGUCAAGGACGUGGAGUUGGAGAAGGCGGAGAUGGGUGUAGAGGACAAGGAGGAGGAGUUGGGGAAGGCGGAGAUGGGUGUAGAGGACAAGGAGGAGGAGGAGUUGGGGAAGGCGGUGUUGGGUAUAGAGGACAAGGAAGAGGAGUUGGGGAAGGCGGAGUUGGGUGUAGAGGACAUGGAGGAAGAGAUGGGUGUAGGGUUCAAGGAAGAGGAGUUGGAAAAGGCGGAUUUCUUGGGUGUAGGGAUCAAGGGGGAGGAGAAUGGUUAUGUGAAAGUUGGAGGUGUGACCGAGGGUCGAGAUGAAGAGAGCGUAUUGAUAGAAUCAAAUAUUAAGUUGAGUUUGGGGCAUGACAUGGAGAAGACGGAAGAGGUAAACGAUGCAAUGGCGAUGGAUGUUGGAGAACAACUAGAGGAGGACGAACAGGAGCAAUGGCAGCUGUUGGAUGGAAAGAACGAUAUGGGCGAACCCUUUUUGCGUUUGUGUACCAGCGAAGCCGUGACAUUGGAUGAUCUUGAAGAGAUGAAAGACGAGAGUGAAAACUUGGUAGACGAGGAAGAGGAAGAAGUAGAAGGCGAUUAUGGAGAAGAGCAAGGAUUCCCGGGAAUUUUCCUUCAAACAGGGGAAGUCUCCCAGAUUCCAUUUUCCAACAAUGGGCAUCUUCAUGAUCAGCCAUCCAUUGAACUCGUUUCUUCUGGUACCGAUCUGAAUGGCAAUAAAAGAGUGGUUGACCACAACCACGAUGAUGAUGACAUCCCUUAUCAACCUCACGGGGGCAAUAAAAGGUCGAGGAUCGAAGGUCCAUCGGAUAACAUCCCUUCCGAUUUCGGGACUAUCAUGGAACAAAUGCAACAAAGGAUGACAAAAGCUCGGAUGAUGUACGAAGCAAAGGAGCAGACCGAGGCACAAUUAAACAUACAUAAGCAAAUAUUGCUCGAUGAGUGCCACAAGCGCAAUGCCGCGAUUGAACAUUUGGAAAGGACCACACCGGAAGAAAUACAGAAAAGAGACAACAUGAUCUAUCGCCUUGAACGUGAACUUUUCAUGAUGGGGAACAUCGUGGAGGGUUACAAGAAAGCACUGAAGGACACCCACAAGGCAUUUGCUGAAUAUAGGCAACGCUUUCAGCUUCCCGAAGAACCAAUUUACAAGGACGCUGGGCCUGGUGGUCUCGUGCUUAGCACUGCAGAAAUCGAGAAGCUUCGCCUUAAGCAAGAGGAGGAAUACAGGUCAAAUUGCUUGAUGCUGCAAAUGAAAGCGGAAGAAGCCCUAGAAGGCUAUACUGCUGUAUUCGAAAUGUAUAUGGACAAGGUCACUGUGAUAGGUAUCAGGCUAAUGAGUAUUUCGAGUGAUGUGGAGGAACUCAAAGAAAUGUAUGGUAAGCGCCGCAAAGACCUUGAAACACACCAGAAAGCAGUGAAGCUCGAGGUGAUUGAUGAGAAUGUUGCCAAAACUUCUAACCUGGCAAGUAGUUGAUUGAUGAGAAUCCUGUUUGUGCUGUGCUAACUCUUAUCAGCUUAUGAAAUUUAUAUCCAUUUAGAUAUUAAAUUCUCUAUUUGUCU